CCAUCGUCCUUAAAUCAUAUCUUCCACAAUACGUUAAUAAAUGUUUGUCAUUAUAACACAUAUCUUACAUUAUAUAUAUUAACUCAUAUCAGCCAUUAUAUACUAACAUAGUGCGCCAUUUUCCAUCCAGGUCAGAAUUCUUUGUUGAUUCUUUUAUGCUCCUUCAUCUCCUAUAACAUGAUUUUGUUCAACUAAAGCAUGUUGCUUAGAUUGCGAGAAAGGUGAUCAGCAUUAUUCUCAUGGUGAAAUAAAAAAUUGAAAAAAGAAAGCAGUUGAUGAUUAUGAGCUUACAAAUGGAACAAAGAGAUUGGAACGAGCUGCCAGUUCACUGUCUGGUUGAGGUUUUUGGAAGAGUCGGAAUUGAAUCACUUGUAGAGACUUGUCCUUUAGUCUGCAAGUCUUGGUAUGAGGCUACAUUCUACCCUCAAUGUUGGGAACAACUCGUCUUUACUAAAUCUCCUUCUUUACGAAGUUCCAAACAUCCGAUUCCAAGAUUGAUUUUAGACAAGGAUUCAUGGUCUGAUUGUUGUCUUGUGGUGCCACUUGAUCAAACGAAAUAUGCAGAUGAGUCUUUUGAAAAGUUCGUUAAAUUUGCCAUCGGCCGUAGCCAUGGACUUGUAACCGCGAUUGUCUUUCACCCUAAAUCGCUUCUUAAAGAAGGCCAAAUUGCAUGGAUCGCUCAACGAUGCCCCUCUUUAAAGCUCUUGGUUUUACCGAGCUAUUUGAGCUAUGUGAUUAACUUUGAAGUCUCAAACUCUAUCUGCAACUGGAAAGAUUUAGAGGCUUUACAAAUUGCGUCCUUGAUCGGAUUGAAGAAAACCAUUGCCAACAUUGGGUGCCAGGAACUUGAGCAACUCGACGUUAGCAAGUUUAAAGGCGUGGCAGGCGACCAUGAGAUACAGGAACUUGCAAGUCGUAUUUGUGUAUUUAAACACGAAGGAUCUUGA